GAGCUGGAAACAUUCCACCAGAGCUGAACACCUGAGAGAGGAGAAGAAGAUGGGCAACUGGAUAGUCAACCAUGGACUGGACACCUUUAUAUUGGUGGUCUGGAUGGGCAUCAAUAUAUUUCUGUUUGUUCACUUCUAUUUGUUCUACGAUCUCGGCCCUCAGUUCUUCUACACUCGUCAGCUGCUGGGGUCUGCGCUGGCCUGGGCUCGAGCUCCUGCUGCCGUCCUCAACUUUAACUGCAUGCUCAUCCUUCUGCCCGUCUGCCGAAACCUGCUGUCUCUGAUCCGCGGAUCAUUUGUGUGCUGUGGACGAACUAUGCGGAAACAGCUGGACAAAAACCUCUCUUUCCACAAGCUGGUGGCCUACAUGAUCGCCUUAAUGACCGCGGUUCACACUGUGGCCCAUUUGCUGAAUGUGGAGUGGUUCAUUAACAGCCGACACGGGCGAUACGGUUUCCUCGCCGGUAACCUCUCUGCGCUCGAAGAUGACGAGGAUGAUCAUGAAACGUUUCUAAACCCGGUCCAGUCUGACAGCACAACCCCAACCAUAUUUGCGUUCACCACCAUCGCUGGCCUCACAGGAGUUGUGAUCACUCUGGCUCUCAUCCUCAUCAUCACGUCAUCGAUGGAAGUCAUCCGGAGAAGUUAUUUUGAGGUCUUCUGGUACACCCAUCACCUCUUCAUCGUUUUCUUCGCAGGCCUGGUCUUCCAUGGUUAUGGGCGCAUUGUGCGAAGCCAGGUGACCACUGACCCACCUCACAACACCACCUUCUGCAAAGAUCAGCCAGAGAACUGGGGGAAGAUUCCUGAGUGUCCUAUUCCUCAGUUUGCUGGAGGCUUUCCUCAGACCUGGAUGUGGGUGAUUGGCCCCAUGGUGAUCUAUCUGUGUGAAAGGUUGCUUCGCUUCGUCCGCUACCUGCAGACUGUGAGAUAUAAAAAGAUUGUGAUGCACCCGUCCAAAGUCCUGGAGCUGCAGCUGCUGAAGUCUGGUUUUAAAAUGGAUGUUGGACAGUAUGUGUUUCUAAACUGUCCUGAAAUCUCCCAACUGGAGUGGCACCCGUUUACAAUGACGUCAGCGCCCGAGGAGGACUUCUUCACUGUUCACAUCCGCAGUGCCGGAGACUGGACAGACAGACUCAUCAAGAUGGUGGAAAACUUACCGGAAGGGAGCCAAGGACCCAAAAUGGGCGUAGACGGUCCAUUUGGCACUGCCAGCGAGGACGUGUUUGAUUAUGAGGUCAGCAUGCUGGUGGGCGCUGGGAUUGGAGUGACCCCCUUCGCCUCCAUCUUGAAGUCAAUCUGGUACAAGUUCAAAGAUUCCAACCCCAAACUGCGCACCAGAAAGAUUUACUUCUACUGGUUGUGCCGGGAGACGCACGCCUUCGAGUGGUUUGCGGAUCUGCUGCAGGUACUUGAGAAGGAAAUGGAGGAGAGAGGCAUGAGGGACUUCCUGAUAUACAAACUCUACCUCACUGGGUGGGAUCAUACUCAUGCGGCUCAGGUGAUGGUGAACUUUGAUAAAGACACUGAUGUCAUCACCGGACUAAAGCAGAAGACUCACUAUGGAAGACCCAACUGGGACAAAGAGUUCGAGCAAGUUCGCCAUGAGAAUCCCUCGUCAGUGGUUGGUACGUUCCUCUGUGGCCCGCCCGCAUUAGCAACAGAUUUGGAAAGGAGAUGUGUGAAAUAUUCGGAUGUGGAUCCUCGCAAGACCAAGUUUUAUUUCAACAAGGAGAACUUCUGAGCAGAACUGUCUAUAUCAGCUAUCCAGCUUAAAUGGUUGGUCUUCAUGCACUUUAGGACAGGAUGAAGGAACUCAUUAUCGUAUCGCUGCCUGUAUUUUAUGAAGAAACCUGAAGUAAACUGCAGGGAAAUGAAGGGUAUUUUAGCUCUGCAUAGAGUUGAUAGUGAUGUCACAGGACAUUAAGGGUAUUAGAUCUGAAUAUUUAGAGUUUAUAAUACCCCUCUUUGCUGCAAUAUGCAGAAGAAAUGACUUUAUUCUGAACAUUACUGAACCACUUUGUAAUUAUUAAUGUUAAUCAGUUAUUAACUCAGUCAAUUAAUGCUGUAGAAAGACAUACUAAAUCAGUAUCUGGGUUGCCUUAAAAUAUACGGUAUCAGUCAAAAGUUUGGAUACCCAUUCUCAUUAAUAUUAUUUAUUACAUAGUAGAUUAAUAUUAAAGACUUAAAAAAAUAUGAGGGAACACACAUGUGCAGUUUUGUAUUAGACAAAAGGAUAUAAAAACCUAAAUCACGUGUUUUUGUAUGCGUUAAAAACCAAAGUGAAGAAAAAGAAGUUAAAGAGUUCGUUACCUCUAGAAUUUGUUUAAUACAGCUGGAAAACCAUUCCAGCUUCUACCUCAUGAAGCUACUGAGAAAAUCAGCCAACAGUGGGCAAUAUAAAACAUACUUUGGCUUAUUUAACACUCAGUAUUUAUCUACAGUGUAGAAAAUAAUACAAAUAAACCAAAAAUUAAAUGAGAAGGGGUGGGUUAUACAGACUUUUGACUGGUACUGUAUUUAAAAACAUUAAGUAAACAGAAUAAUCUGUUAUAUAUGUUGUUUAUUUAUAUUUAAAUGCAACCAGGGCUAUAGUAUAAAGCAUAAAAACCAAACAUACAGACCAAGCAUUUCUCUCUUUUGGGAGAUUUGCUUGGCAUUAUCACUACUCAACCACUACUUGGACAGACAGAUGUUUUUUUGAGUUCUAUAAUGUAAAAUACAAUAGAAACAUAACCAGUUCUGUUGGUAUAUCAAUAUGUGUAUUCAGUACUGUGUACUGAAUGACUCAUUUAAGGUGUUUGCAAAUUGCAGCAUGUAUAUACUGUACUCUAUAAAUCAGGAUUUAAUGUCUAUUCUUGUGAAAGAAUCUGAUAUAUUGUGGGCGUGACUUCGUUUUGUCCAGCUUUUGUUACUGAUGAAUCAUCUGGCAAUAAGGAAAUAACUGAUGAUCCAACUUCAGCACUGUUAUUCCUUUUCUGUGAAACUGAAGGGGUGUGUGUGUGUGUGUGUGUGUGUGUGUCAUUGUGAAUGCCUUUACUCUUAGACCUUUUUUAUUUUAAUAAGAACAUACCAGGAUAUUUGAUUGUACCCAGACUAAUCACACCAGAUAAACCACUUGUUGAAGGUUGGUUUCACACUCGCUUCCAGGAAAGGUGAUUAGGUUGUGUGUGUGUGUGUGUGUGUGUGUGUGUGUGUGUGUGUGUGUGUGUGUGUGUGUGUGUGUGUAUACAUAUGUAAAAAAUGUUCUGACUUCUUUUAUUCAUUUAUUUUCUUCUUUUUAUUGAAAAGUCUUCAAAACAGACAAUAAAGCACAAACAAUAAUGAAA